GUAGCAGCAACAAGAAAUACAUGGCUGCCUCUUUGGCUAUCUCGUAGAUUUUUGUCGAAACGAUUAACGUAGAUUCGUGUGGAAGUUUUAAAAUAGCAAUAAUAAACUCAAGGAAUUCCACUGGAGUGUGAAAACUCUUCAAAUUACUCGGCCACGUGUAACUGAAACGUGCCGGAACCUCCAAAGGGUAUCGGAUGUGAUUUUAACUCGCCGUUUUUGAUUAUGGACUCUGCUUGGUAUUGCGAGAUCUCCAAUCGUCAGUAAAUCUUAAAAAAAAAAAAAAAUACGCAACCAUGGAUAAUAAUGGAUUAAUGCAGGUGGAGACAAUAGAAAUACACGAGACAAGAAAUUCUAUGAAUUUCAUUCCGGAAAAGUCGGAAGAGGUGCCCACUCAUGAGGAAAAUGGCCAUGUAACUAUUGAAGCUUGCGAGCUUCCAUCGAUUGACGUUAUGCUCGAGUCAUCUCUGCAGAAUGAGCAGGAAAACAAUGCUACUAUAAUUUAUGAAAAUACAAAGCAACAGUACGAGCCUGAAAGUGCUGAAAAAGUUGUGACUGAAUGCGAAAAUUCCGAGUUUCCAGUCGAUCAGAAUCAAGCGCAAUUGGAAAAUGUAUCUUCCGAGGUGGAAGAAAAUCCAGUUCUGGAUGGACAUCAGGAGACUCAAGUUGUGGAAAUGCAGGAAAAUCAAGUGAUGGAGGUGGAUGAAGGCCAAGUGAUGAUUGAAACCGGGGAGACAUUGAGUUUUGAAACGACCAAUGAAUCCAUUAGAGAACAAGAAAACACGAAUGUCCGGCACGAGGAAGUUCUUCAAGAGUGUGUCUUGGAGGGGGAAAACGGAGACCUGAAUCCGGAAGAAUAUACCACCGAUGAGGUUGAAAAUGCGAGUCAAUUUGAGGCUGUUAUUCAAGACGAAGCUGUGGCAGAAUACGUCUCUGAAGAUUAUCAUCAAAAGGAAGAUUCUCUGCCGCAAAAUAGUGAUGCGCCCAUCGAAACCAACGAGUUUGCGCAUUUAACAAACGCGACCGAGAUCCAGUUGUCAAAUGAGGAAAUGAUUCAUGAUGAUCCACAGCAGGUGAGUUUUGCCGUGACACCUGAAGAGGGCUAUCAGGCAGUUGCAGUUGAGAAUACGGAAGAGCCGGAAAUAGUUGAAGAAGAAUCGCGUCAAAUCACUUAUCGGCAGCAGAAUAUCAUAAAUAUGGCUGCAGCUUCGGCCAAUAUUGACAUGCAGGAUGACACGGACAUUGACAUUGAGCAAGAUGAGGCUAAAUUAAUUCAAGCUGAGGUGGGCGCUUCAGUCGAGGGUGUAAAUAUCAUAUUGAAUAGUGCCGAAUCGGUGGAGGAGGCGACGAGUGUUUUGCAAAAGGAACAGGAGGAAGGCACCAGUGAAGUUAUCGAAGAAAUCUAUUUCAUACAGGAUGUGAGCGGUGACAAUUUGGAGGAGGACAAAGUUGUGAGUGAGGUUCAGACUGUUCUGAUUUCGCAGUCGGGAAAUCUAGAAACGGGGGCGAUUGCUGCCGAGGCUGAUUUGAGUGUAAUUUCGCAAAAUUCCGGAAUUUCGGAAAAGUCGCGAAAUGUCAUUCAGGAUAUUUUUGAUGAUUGGGGCGAUGAGAAUGUGGAUGAGAAUGUGGAGGAUGAUAAUGAGGUUUCAUUUCGCGAUCAAGAUUCCGUCGAGAUUGAAUUGAACAAUCUCCUAAAUGAGAAAAAGAAGUCGCCGGUUAAAGAAGUACAGUCGACGAGCAAGGGCCUCGUUAAUAAUUUGGAAAUUGUCAAACCCGCCGAUAAAUCUAGCCAAAUUCUCGAGCCUGAAUCGGCAAAAAAAACGGUGAAAAACUCGAGCAAAGACAUUCCAAGUUGUGUUCAGCCGUAUCUUCGUGGAGAGGAUUUACCAGGUGGGACAAAUUCCAAACGAAAAAUGCCCUCGCCAAGACUGGGCGUGAAAGUUCCGAGUCGUCUUUUGAAAAGUCAAAUUGCCUCGCCUGCCGAGGUUUCCGAGGUUUUGAAAGAACGGAUUCGCGAGCAGCAAAAGGACUUUGAAAAACCCCAGGUGGCCGAUAUAGUUUUUGUGAAAAAGCUGACGCAAAGAUUUGCGAGUAAAAUAUGCCCUGGCGGGGCAAUGUCUGUCCCGGGAUUGCUACCGCUCUCGCGCUCGGAAAUUUCGAAGCAAACUGAGAAUACGGAUAAUCGCGAGUUGUUGGCGAUUUUGGAAGGUGAUGUCGAUCCGGAUUGGUCGAAUUUGAAAUCGCAGUCGUCUGCGGAUGAUGCACCGGAAACGGAUGGUGAUAUUUCCUUGUCGGUGGAAAUUCCCAAAAUUGCGAAUAAAAGGGGCAGGAAAAAGUCGAUUAACAUUGUCGCGGAUAUUGAAAAAACGCCAAAACGCGACAUGAAGAAGGAGACAGCCAAAGUGAAAGAUGUGGCAAAGUCGGAAAGUGUGAAAGCGAAAAAAAUUGUGGAAAACGAUACGCCGCGAAAGCCGUUGAAGGAGAAAGAUUCUCAAAAUACAACGCCCGUGACAACACCCCAGGCGGAAAUUCGAAUUGACGAGACAAGGUCCGGCCGGAAGCGGAAACCAACGGAAAAAGCCCUGGAACAGUAUGCCUCGAAGAGGCAGAAAAUCUUCAAAACUAAAACACCAGGCAAGAAAGAUCUGCUCUCGGAAAAAGUUGCGGAUAAAACAAGUUCUUCGCUCGAGAAUCGUGACGAGGGUAAAAGUUUGCCGGAAACACCCGAGACUUCAACAUUAAAAGAAACUCCCAGCAAACAAAUUACGGCGGAUAAAAGUGCCAGCUUGAAGAAGGAGAAGAUUUUAGAGAAAAAAAAAAGUCCCGUGAAAGAGACGCCUCCAGCGGCAACACCAAAAAAGGUCCCAGCCAAGAAAUUGAUAACGCAGAAGGCCUUGUCGCUGAAGAAGUCCUCGAUAAGUUUACAAUCGAAAUUGUCUUCGCCGGUAAGACCUGUUGGCAGGCCGCCCAAAGUUCUCACGGAAUCGGCAGCUAAAGCUCAGGGCAGGCCUAAAAAAACAGAAGCUGCGACCAAGCCGAAGAAGAAGGGCAGUAGCAAGGAAAUUGACAGGUUGCUGCAGGACGAGGGUGUUGUUAAUCUUCUCUACGAUGUCGGUCAGCCGCGAACGCGGCGAUUGAUUCCCAUCACACAGACCCAGAAGAAGGUGAUGGACAUUGAGAAAGCGGAGCGCGAUUUGGAUCUGCGAAAGAAGCUGGUAAAGAGUGCAGUGCUCAGAUUGCGUGGCUCGAAUUCCGAGACGGACAAGGUGGCGCCCCGGUCAAAGAGGACGCCACUCGUCAACACGGAAGUGGACAAUUCGUCUCACAAGUCCUCCGCCUCGGCUAUGACCUCGCCGACAGAAUUUAUCUAUCCGGCAAAAAUUCGAAAUGCCGCUGACGCGUCCGUGAUUGUGAGAAGACACUCCUCCAGUUCGUUUUCAAGUGUUUCCGGUAGUCCGCGGGUGAGUAUUGACGGUCCGAUCGACGGUUUUCGCGUGGAUGAUGAUCAUCAUGGACUGCGGUCGACAAAGCGGAAGCACUCGAUUGACAAGGAGGCGAAACAUCUGGACAUGAAGAGAGUGAAGAGAGCUCUGCAGAAUUCGGACUCGUCGGUUGCGGGUAAAUCAAAGUCGGCGGAGAGAUUGGCGGAUAUUCCGGAGGAUAGAGUUUUGGCGAAGAGGCAGUCGGGUAAAGCGACGGUCGAGAGCAAGAAAAUUGAUAAGACGCCGAGGCACUCGGAUGUGAGUGUUGGCAGCAGUAGUGUCGAUUCGGAAAAAUCGGUCAAGGUCACGACUCGGUCGAAUGGUGCGACGGUGAAAAAAGUUGUGGGUAAAAAUAAGAAAGCGGGUGUUGGUGGUGCUGCUGGUGGUAAGGACAAGAAGAGCAGCUCGUCGGCGAUUUCGAGUGGGAGCGCGAGUGUGGAAGAGGCUAGCAAGAGUCAGGAUGAGUUGUCGGCGUGUUUGGCUGAAGCGGCGAAUGCACUUUCGGCCGUUAGUGGACUGCCGAGACGAGGGAGUGCAACGGCUACUGGUCGAAAAACUAAAGGUUCUGCAAAUGUAGAUAGCAGUAAUGCAAAGAGUGAAUCGAAACUUUUUAGCAAUAAGGAAAUAAAUGUUCGUCGCAAUGGCAAUCUCGUCCAGUUAACAUUAAAUCCGUCUUCAUCAAAAAUAGUAAACGGAAUUACAUUGGCGGUCAUGCAAGAAUUGCGUGAUAUCUUAUCGGUACUGAAAAAAGAUGACGAAUGUCGGGUCGUUCUUUUAACAUCAACCGGAACAAGUUUUUGUGAGGGAUUGGAUCUUUCGACACUUUUACAAAGUGACAAGGAGAAGCGGAAACGGAACGCGGAAGAAAUGGCAAAUGCUGUUAAAGAUUUUAUCAAAUGUUUGGCUACGUUCACCAAACCCCUUGUAGCUGGAGUGCAAGGAGCCGCAGUAGGUUUAGGAGUAACGAUACUACCUCUGUUUGAUUUGGUUAUCGCCAGUGAUAAAGCAACGUUUUACACACCUUACGGAAAACUGGGACAAAUACCUGAAGGAGCUGCGAUAAUGACUCUAUCCCACGUGCAUGGAAGUGCAGUUGCGAGUGAACUACUGCUUGGAGGAAGAACUUUGACGGCGAGUGAAGCUUUAAGAGCAGGUCUUGUUACGAGGGUAUUGUGGCCUGACAGGUUUCCAUUAGAAUUAGUACCCAUUGUCAAGGCCAUGAGCGAACAAUCAUCACAGUCUAUGAAAGCUACAAAAGCUCUCUUACGUCAAAGUCUACGAAACAAGUUGAAUGCAGCUCUGGAAUCAGAAACUCAUAUUCUCGUUCAGCACUGGUGUUCAGCUGAAUGUCAAGAAGCCAUAAAGGCAUACGUUGCGAGGAAGGUUGAGUGAGUGAGUUAGUCUUAUAAAAUAAGAGUAAGAAUAAGAAAAAAGAAAUAUUGAUGAAACGAGAAAACAGUCGAGAUUUUGUGCUAAAGCACAAUUUUAUUCCGCGAUUACUAUCUAGAAAUCAUUGCUAAUUUGUAAACGAGUGAAUUAUUAUGUUUAGGAAUAUUCUGUUUUUACACUAUUAGCAGAUAAAAUCUCUCGCUACUCGCACUUUGCGUCUAUCGUGCCAAUUUGUAAAAAAAAGCAACAAAAACAGAAAAGAAAAAAGUACGUGAGAGUGAUAAUGAUGACCCCAUUAAUGUUUUAUUGAUGACGCAGUAAUCCAAAAUGCAGGAAGAUGCGUUUACCAAAUCAAUUAUUAAAAUUGAGACGUGAAAUUGUAUGUACCUUACAUCGAACGAUCAUUUGUAAUUAAAUUCGCAAUCAUAAGGUAUCAUUUUGAUUUUUUUUGUGUGUUUUUUUUUUUGGGUUCUUUCAAUUCAAAAAGUUUGAAAGUAUUAGAUUCGUGGAAAGUGAAAAAAAAAAAGAAUGACGAGUCGUGUAAUGGUAUUGAAGUUACGUUUACAUACAUCUCAAGGUUAUUUUCUUUUUAAUAUUGAAUUAAGGACAGUGUGUGAUGUUACAGAUAUAUAAUAUUGACAUGAUUGAGUAGUAGUCAGGCGAAUUGAAUUUAAAUGAAAAAAUCAAGAGUAAAGAAAUAAAUAAAAAUUCGUUCGUCUGAGAGAGAGAAAAAGUGAGUGCAAAUGCGUUUUGUAAAACAGAAAAAUGGCCCGAUGUUAGUUGCAGUAUGUGUAUUGCAAACUACCGCACAGUAAUUUUGAUUAAUAUUGUCCAGCUGUAUGUUAAAUUUUGCAGGUAUAUUUCUACCUGUGUACGAUCGUGUUUAAGAUUAAGGAAACAGUUAUUAAUUGAUGAACCAGAUGGUCUAUUUUAAUAAUUAGACUUCAUUUAGGUACAAAGGUUUAUUAUUAUGUACACAUUUUUCUUCAAUUAUAUGUUAUUAUUGUUAGAUUAUAAUAAAGAAAGCA